AUCGGCUAGGAAAUUGGAUGAAAUUGAGAGAGAUCAAGGAAGUCAGCCAGCUGCAACAAUGGUGCCUUCAUCCGUUCCCUGAAACAGGAACUAGGGGAAAUGCACAUGCACAGAGAGGCAUAUUAUGGUGGCACCUUUACUGGUAACAGUGCACACGGAUGCUUGAAGGUAGUGGAACAGAUUAUUCAUAUAAGACAUAACAAUACCUACCAUUCACAUUACACCAGGCUGUAAACUCGGUGCUGUACUGCCAAAAGUUGCUAGCGAAAGGUUGCUUGACUUGGAGGAAAAUGCACAGGCAGUGGUUAACAAAUACGGCAGAGCACUCCUUUUUUAUAAGUGCCACAACUCGUUCAACUCGUCACUCUACCUUGAUGACACAGCUCUUUCUAAUCAAGUAAGAAAUACACGAACCGAAGCCGGCAAGUAUUGUACCGCUGCGUAGCGCAGAGCCUCACAGUUCCGUUUGCGCUUUCCCUCGCGCUCUAAAGCGCUUGUAUGCACCAGACACCUGUGGUAAUUCACUACAAAGUGUGCAUGUUCGCUCACGCAGGGUGUACAAGUUCUUCUAACUCACUCUGGUUAUAAAUUUUCACUGUAUUGGCAGGUGGCUAUACAAGAUUUGUGGUGUGUGGAUGCCAAAGACAUGUUGCUGGAGUGCAUUGCUAAGAUUGAUCUUCCCAACAGCCCUCUAGAUGAGCUGAUUGACCAGCUGGGUGGGCCAGGUAAUGUGGCAGAGAUGACAGGAAGGAAAGGGAGGCUAGUGCGAGCUAAAGGAAAUGGAGAUCGUGUUCACUAUGAGCUGAGGGACAAGGGAAUCUGUACACUCGAGAGUCUCAACAACAAUGAGCGUUCUUCAUUCAUGGAUGGAAAGAAACUUAUUGCCAUCAUAUCUGAUGCAGCCAGUACAGGUAUAUCACUACACUCUGACCUCGGUGCAAAGAAUAGAAGACGUAGGCUUCACAUUACCAUGGAGCUCCCCUGGAGUGCUGACAAAGCUGUACAGCAACUAGGACGUUCACAUAGAGCCAACCAACACAGUGGUCCACUAUAUAUGCUGAUGACCACUAAUGUUGGAGGAGAGAGAAGAUUUGCUGCAGCAGUAGCAAAAAGACUACAGACUCUUGGUGCUCUUACCAAGGGUGACAGGAGGGCAGCUACUGGAGCAGAAUUUUCAGAGUUCAAUUUCGACACUGCUUAUGGACGCUCAGCACUGAGACAGAUGUACAACUCCUUGAGAACCAUGCAAAUGGUGGGUGGAGUAAACCUGCAAAAAGUCUGUUCACUAUCAGGAUGUGAUCCAUCCAUUACUCCAGAGCAGUUCUUCUCAUCUCUUCAGAGCAACAUGGAAGCAAUGGGCAUGAAUGAAAUGAAGGAGGGUGACACGGGAGAUGUUGGUCGAUUUCUCAAUAGAUUACUUGGGCUCAAAAUCCUUAACCAGAACAUGAUGUUUGUGUACUUUUGUGAGUGCCUGUCUGUCGUCAUCUCCACAGCAAAAAGGGAGGGCAGAUUUAAUGAAGGAGUAACUGACAUCCAAGCCCAGAGUAUUGUAAUGGUCAGAGAGCCAAAAGAAGUUUUCAAGGACUAUAAACUAUCACAUGUGCCAACCAUGCACACUCAUGUGGUAGUUGAUAGAGGUGUGGGGUGGGAUAUGGCCCUACAACUGUAUGAGGAGCAGGCCGCAGAGCACAAGUCUGAAGUGGCCGACCAGUCCUCGCCAGCUGCUGGCAGAGGAAGUGGGUUCUACUGCUCCAGAAGAGAGCAGUACCAUCAACAUUUGUACCUUCUGGCUCUUCAGAAGGAAAACUCUCCUCACCUCUUCAAUAUAGUCAGGCCUAACACAGGUCGAUCAUUCUUCGAAGAAACAAAGGCUGAUCUACUGAGCAAGUAUGUCAAAAUACCACCCGAAAAAGCAGAGAAAGGAUGGAAGACACAGUAUGAGAUGACAAAGAAACACUGUAUUCAUGGAUCCCACUGCAAUAACAAAUCAACGUGCCUUGUUGGUUCAAGACUAACUUACAUUCACCUACUGUCUGGGGGGAAUCUUGCCGCUGCUGUCUCUACUAGAGAGCACUCUGGCCCGCAAUCUCCAUGGCAUGGCACUCAGUAAGGAGGUUCGCUCUCUGAGGGUAGUUCGAGUGAGACUGGAUGAUGGGAGGAGAGUCAUUGGCGUGCGCUACCCUCUACCACUUAUCUCUGAGGUGGCCAGAACCCUUAGUGCCAUGAAGCACAAAAAGCAGGAGGAGCAUGCCAAAGUUUCCGUUGCCGUCCCCACUGCAGCUAAAGACUUUGUUUUUGAGGUACAAGUUCCAGUCAAUGAAAAGUUCAAAAGGAAAGCACUAACACCUCCUGUUUCACUGAAAACAUUUUUUCAUGUUGAGCCUAAACUUCCAAAUGUGGACUCAAAUUCAGCUGGCACAGCGAAACAAAAGGAAGGAAGUGACAAAUCACACAAACUACCACUUAAAACUAAGGAAUUGGAUAAACCUAAGGCAGUUCAGAUGAAAUUGUUGGACAGUUUUAAUGCCACGCCAACCGGUAUGCCGAGGGCUCAGUCACCAUCUGAUAAAGGUCAGCCUGCCGGCAAAAGAAAGCGGAAGUUACAAGAAAAGACAACCCAACACACCUCACUGACAAAACUGUUCAAACAAGCUAGCAAUGAGUGUCAAUCAAUAUGUCCUGUUUGUGGUAUCCAUAUCAAGGAUGUGUCGAACUCAGGGAUCAAUCUUCACAUAGAUAAAUGUCUUAGGAAGUCAUAAGCAUCACCAUUGCAUUCAUAACAUUUGAGUCAUUAUUGUAAAACUUCUUUGGCUCUUAUGGUGCAUUAUUGUCAAUCAUUAGUUGCAGUUGUCAGAAGUUCUAUAUAAUUAUAUGCGGGACAUUCAACUCUCUUUAUUCAGCUGUAAAGAUACCCCAGUGAAGUUAAAGUGAACACAUUGAGUAUUUUCCGAAGGUCUUAUUAUAGCGAAGGACCAUUGUAUGGAGAUCCAGGUGACUAGUGACCGAGGUGGAGGUCCGGCGGACAAGCGGACCCAUUCCAACAGUAUUUGAGCUCUGGUGCAGAGAGUUAAGGUUGCACAGCCUCUACCACUAUAUAGCUGAUUGAGACCACAAGAUUGAUGCUAUGAACUUAAAAGC